UAGCGCCAUUCGACCCGGAAGUUCAAGCACACUGUUUACCCAAACCAUGUUUCGCGUUGUUUUUCCACGUUUUGGGUUGCAUUUGGAUUUUCGCGGAUUAUUCAAUGAUAUUUAGGACUUCAGGCAAUGUGCCUUUAAGUUGGUUUGCCAACUUUCGUUAAAAUCCAAAGAAGUUUGUCUGUUUUAAGGACUAACUGGGCUUGGUUAGUCUGAUUGUUUGUUUGUUGUAAAGACUUUAACUUUUUGUUGUUCAUAAUGUCUUUAGCUGGAGCUCUUUGGCUCGCUGUGCAAGAUGACUUAUUCUUAAGUGGGCACAACGACAUUGUAGCCACAGACAAUAACACGGCACAAGACAAGCAUCGCCGUGAGAGCAGCAACAUCACAUCUGAGACACGCAGUCUCCUGGAUCAGUUUGACGAUCGCUUUCUGUUGCAGCAUUUCCACCUGAGUCGACCGUGUCUGCGGUUCAUCAUCGAUUACAUCCACGCCCGUUUAAAAAAAGAUGCAUUUGCACCAUCCGACAACCUGACUUCCGUAGAAGCAAAGACUCUUGCCACUAUUUCCUUUUACGCACACGGAUCUCUACCCAGUAUGAUCACAGAUCGACUGGGAAUAGAUGUGAAUGAGGCCGGAGAUGCAGUAAAAAGUCUUACUAAAGUGUUAUCAGACAUGAGCCCUGAUUUUAUCACUUUUCCCAACAGUUAUAAUGACCGCAUGGGUGCCGCACAAGCCUUUAAAAACGUCAGUGGCAUCCCUCAUGUAGUAGGUGUUUUGGCGUACUUUCAUGUGAAGGUGACCCCACCGCUCGGGAGGGAGCAGUCUUAUGUAAAUACUCUUAGAUAUCAUUCAGUUAUGAUGCAGGUGAUAUUUGAUGUGGACGGGAAUAUCUUGAGUCUGGAACAGUGUUGUCCCGGAGGAACACCUGAGCACAGUGUUUGGGCAAGCAGUGAUAUCGGGAAGCAGUUUACCACAUUUCAACACGGCCAUUCGUGGGUCCUGGGUGCCAGAGGUCUCUUCGGCGGUGGACAUGUUUUGACCCCUAUUAUAGCUUCUCGCAUCAUAACCAACGCCACUAAACGAUUUAACAAAGCACACGCUCAGGUAUAUGGUCUUGUGCAGCAUGUCUUUGGUGGUCUGAAAAGUCGUUUCCAGUGCCUGCGUGAUAUUGGCUCCAUUCAGACUCUAAAGUCAGUAGCAUGCACCAUCAAAGCCUGUUGUGUCUUGCACAACAUCUCCAAGAAGUUCUCGGUUCCUUUACCCUUGAAUUGUAUCAUAGAGCCUCUCCAUCCACCAUCAAAGGAGGUGAUGAGUGCAACAGAGCUGCCAUAUGACUAUAUGGAAGACAUUAAAGAUGAGAUGGUAAAAAUGUGUUUUGGAAAUAAUAAAGAAGAUGAUGUCUGAGAUGUGAUUGGAGAGACAAACAGUGGAGAGAUGCAAAGCUGUGAAUUGCAUCGUCUUAGCAGUUGAAUUGGAGCAAUUCUUAAGUGAUUAAUGUUAUAUCAUUUAAAUGUUUUUUUAUACAGUCUGUAUUUGAGGGUCAGAUCAUAUUGUUUGUUUUUUAUGAUAUUAUUUUUAUUUCUCCUUGGUCCAAUAUUACAUUCAUCUGGUCUGAAUGGCUGUGAUUGUGUCACACCAUGUAGCAUUUUUCACACAUUCUUUGUGUAAAGAGAUCUUGCUAUAAUAAAAACAUUAAAUACA